AUGGGCGUCAAUGACGACCCCACCGCGACGGUCACCCUCACGCUCGAGCAGAUGGACGAGCUCUUCAUGAAGUUCGUUGAAAACAACGCUUGGCUCGGACCCACCGGCGUCGACCUCGAGCUCGCGGUCGCGGCGCGUGUGGCCCUCGAGAAGCAGCGGCUCGAGACGACGCAGCGCGAGGCCCAGCGAUUGGAGGCCGAAGUGCGCGCCCGUGUGCAGGCCGAAACCCAGCGCCUCGAGGCAGCCCAGCGCGAGACCAAGCGCAUUGAGCUGGAGGUCGCCAUGCGGGUGCAGAGCGAAACGAUGCGUCUCCAGGCCGUCCAGCGGGAGGCCCAGCGCGUCGAGAGCGAAGUGUGGUCCCGGGUCCAAGCCGAGCAAGCGCGGCUGACCGAGCAGCGGUCGACCGUCGUUCCGGCGAGCGGUCGCAAGCCUGUCGCGGCCCGCCGCCCGCCACCCGUGGCGAUCCCCGACGGCCCGGUGCGCGCCGUGCGUGGGCCUGCCGCGUCGCCCGAGACUAUCAUUGUCAAGCCGGCCGUGGUCCAGCCGGUGACGACGCCCAAGGCUCCUCAAAUCGACCAUCCGUUGGUGUUGCCUGUCGAAAAGUCGCCGGCCGCGCAGUCGACGAUCGAAGCGGCGUUUGCGCGCCAGAGGAAGGCCAUCGACAAGAAGAUCGAGGUCAAGCGCGAAGUGGUUGCCGACGCACCGGCGACCGACGAGAAGCGCACGCGCGCGCGUCAGAAAGCCCGCGCCGACGUGAUCGCGAUCGACGACUCGGACUAG